AUGAAAAGUCGUUGCCUGAAAAAACCAGGACACUGCGAAAAUAUGUUUAUGGAAAGAUGCAAAAAAUUGCCUAUACAUAUCUCAUGGCAACAUAUUGCUAUACCUAAACAAGUGAAUAUUUCUCUUCACAGAACUUCUGUGACACUUUUCUCUAUGAAGGGCCCUCCCAAUCAAGAUUCCUCCAUGCAAUUUGAACUUCGUUUGGUUACUGCCAAACAAGGUGGACUUUAA